GUUUUCGCUGCCGUUGUUAUUUGUAUGUCGUGGUCAAAAAAAGUCACAAUGUCGACUUAUCAGUGUUCUGUUUGCUUCUAUAUUUGCGAUUUAAACCUUGAAGCCAUCGAAAAAUUCGAAGCGAACAAAAGUGCGGCUUAUCGUUUCCACUCUGGUGCAGUCAACCGGAAAAUUUCCAGAAAUUCACACCGGAAUUUAGGUCGAAUGGAAAGCUCGCACUUCAAGUCACGCGUUACGCCAUAUUAGGAGUGUCACUCGCGUUACACAAACCAAAGUUGUAGUGCACUCAGUCAGAGAUGGCGCAAUCAAACCCUCCGCUUGACUCGCAGCACACAAAAGGUCGAUUUGCUAAUAAGGUGUGUAUCAUAACUGGUGGAGCUUCGGGGAUCGGGAGAGCCACUGUGAACCGAUUUGUCAACGAUGGAGCUUCAGUAGCCGCGUUUGAUAUCAACGAACCUGCUGGUGAACAUCUACAGCGUGAACUUACGGCCGCUGGAUACGAUGUCAAGUUUUAUAAAGUGGAUGUAGCAGAUAAAGAGCAGUGCGUAGAAGGAGUGAAGAAAGUUGCUGAAGAACAUGAAGGAAAAAUUCAUUUUCUGGUGAACAACGCAGGCAUUGGCGCGCCUCGUAAGGGUCUGGAUUCUACAAAAGAGGACUGGGAUAGAGUUUUGGGAAUAAAUGUGAUUGGCUAUUCCAACAUGGUGCAAGCCUGUUAUCCAUAUAUGACUAAAGCAGACGCCUGGGACUGUGCUGUGGUGAACAUAAGUAGUGUCCAGGCCCACCAUGUUAUGCCUUACCAUUCCGGCUGGACAUAUCAGGCAAGCAAAGCCGCUGUAACAACAAUGACCAAGUGUAUGGCCCUGGAUUUGUCCGCUCAUGGAAUCAGAGUAAACUCUAUUUGUCCCGGAUAUAUCUGGACUGAACAUGCAGAAUCAGUUUUCGGUGAGAGGAAGAACAUUGAGCCAGCCGUUAGGUACUGGAAACUGAUACACCCGGGUAGGCUUGGGUACGAAUUAAACUGA